AUGCGGCUUGCGCUGGGGACGCAGUCGCAAGAACUAGCAGCACGCAGCAACCAAGCACAACAUCCAUCUGGUGCACAGGUUUAUGUUGAUGUUGACAGUGAGCAUGGGACUGCAGAGCGUCAAGAAAUAGGGACGACAAAGAGAGCCAAAUGGAGUCACCAGAUGAAGUUGUUCCGUAUUGAACUCCUAACUGAUCAUGACGUGCCAGGUUUUCGAACACAAAAUGCUUGGAGUAAGGAAGCAUGGACAAAUAUUGUUUGCUGCCUGAAUACAAAGUUUAGUACAUCAUUUACGACCAACCAAGUCAAGCAAAAGGAGCAGGAUUUAAAGAAGAAUUAUCGCAGUGUUAAAGAUUUGUUGCAUCAAAGUGGUUUUGGAUGGGAUAGUGACAGAAUGAUGGUGAGUGCACCACAAAGUGUUUGGGACACUUUUGCUGAUCGCAAGAACAAAGAUGCAAUUCAUUGGCGAGAUAAAUCCUUCCCAUAUUUUGAUGAUUUAGGUCCACUUUAUGAUGGUCGUUAUGCUGAAGGGAGCACUCGCCAUGGUAUGGACCAUUAUGCAAAGAAGACAAAGAAUGCACCAACUCAUUCAACACAUGAAGCAAGUGUGGUUGAUACAUAUCAGUCACCAUCCCCUAAUUCAAAUGCUCCAGGUGAAUCAAGUUUGCAAUUUCCUUUUGGUGAAGAGGUUGAGACAACCAAUUUGGACUUUUCGCAGUAUUCACCUACCCAUGUCCAUCUGACAAAAGUCCCACCUAGCUCGGCACAAAUAGCUUCAGAGAUUCCUGAAUCUCGACCUAGGAAGAAACAAAAGAUCAAAUCUGUUAGUCCCAGUGAUGGAUUUCAUGAGAGAUACCUAAAACUUAAAAAAGAAGAAAUAGAUCGAUUUGCUGCAAUUGAGGAGAAGAAAUUGGAGGAUUCUUACAGCAUCAACAAGUGUAUCACAGUGCUUGAAGGUUUACAUGGUCUACAAAUAGGAGACAUAUUGGUGGCAGUUGAUAUCUUCAAAGGUAAGGAUAAUAGGGAAGUUUUCUUAUCAUUUUCAAGUGAUGCAUUACGCUUGGCUUGGAUUAGAAAGGAAAUUGCAACAUUAGAGUUAAUACUUUUGUGA